AUGCCUCUUGUCGAUAUUCUAUGCUGCUUUCGUUCAAGAGACACCUUACAACCCGAAGACACAGUGGAUGAACGAACCCAUUUGAUACCUACAACGACGACGGAGGACCAGCCUGCACUGACACCAAACCUUGUAUUCAUCGAUCCCGUCCAGUUCCGAGAGAGGCUGGGAACAAUUGUUCGAGCGAAGGAAGGGCGCAUGGUGAAUGUCACCCCUAACUAUCGUAGUAGGGAGCAAAGCCUCAAUCGAAGCUCAGGCUUUCAACGCAACCGUCCUAACAGUCGUAUGUCCUCCACCAUGAGCUCCGCACGCACUACCCGCUCGGUAUCGGCAUCAGAUAGCGUCAGUGUGCAAGAUGACUCGGAUUCUGUAGCUAGUGCGCCUUUUCAAUCCCGGAAUACGAUGUCGUAUCGUGGUAGAGACGAAACAGGCGAACAAGAAGAAGGAGAAGGACAUCUUCAAGAAGACGUACCAACGGUCAUUCUAUCAGCUCCAAUAAUACCCAUCCAUAAAAAAUCCGCUAUACCUGUCUUCGAUGAUCCCAGCGUUAAGCUAUCCGUCAGUUGGGGGGAUUGA